AUGUCGUUUAAUUCCCGACGGCCCUGCGGGCCUGCUUGCGCGUAUCUCAGCGGCCCUGCUCGCGCCCAUCGGAACCAGCCCGGUCGGAAGGACGAGCAGGACCUGCUGACGAAAUGGGAGGCGCAAAUACUCGAACCCGGCAAGUCAACGAGCAGAAAGCAACGGCGGCGAGAUGCGAGAGCCGCCGGCCAGGAAGCACCCAAGCAGCUUCGGCUGAUGAGCCGGACGGACAUGGUUCACUACGUGGAUGUGACAGGCGGGUGGGACGGGGGGGAGUGCGCGUGGUGCUUCGACCGCGCAGUGGCCUACCGCUCUGAACACGCCCUGGGUAAGACCAGUGCCUUGUCCUUCCUGCUGCACCUGCACCGCGGUCAGUCGCCCGCCAUCCCCCCCGCUCCCCCGAGCCGACCCUCCCGGGCAAUGCUUGACUUCUCCUGGAGCGUUCCCGUGCAGCGGCUGGGGGGCCAGCAGGGGGGGCAAGGCGGGCAGCAGGGGGUGGCGCCUCGGGAGCAGCUGGUGUGGAAGUGCGAGCAGGCGCCGCUGCUGUGCGUGCAGGCCAUGCUGCUCGAGUGGCUGGCUGAGCCGCGCGUGGGCGUGCUCAUGGACCUGGGGAGGAUCCGAUCCCGCCUGCCUGCCAUCCUCGGCUAUACAUCCGCUGCUGCACACUGCUCUGCUCCUUCCGCGCCUGUUACAUCUUCUGCUGAAGCUUCUUCAGCGGCUAAAGGAGGUUCUGCCGGGGAUUACCCUGCUGCCCCUGCCCAUACUCAACCUGCUGUUCCAGCGUGGUCGUGCUGCUGGCGCUGCAGCGGCUGCUGGGCUGCCUACCGCCGUGCUGUGAGCUUCGCUGCCUUCCUUGUGCUGGUGGCGAGGUCCCCGCGCGUCACAACGCUGUGGAAAACCCACAUGGAUCGCUCUGAGACAUUCACCGCCAUCGUGACUGAACUGGGAGCAGGCAGGCAUGCACAGCCGGACUGCUUCGCGUCCAUGCUCGUGCAGGUGCUGGGAGUGAAAGAGAGCGCUGAUUUGCAGGAGGGGUUUGGGUACUUUCUGCAGCACCUGCUUCCAGGGGGGCCAGAGAAGGCGGCUGGGAAGGGGCAGGAGGAGGGGAGGGGGGGAACGGGGAAGAAAGCUGCGGCUCUGGGCAAUGCGGGGCCGGCUGCAACGGCUGCGAUGCGGCUGAUGGGCGGUGGCAGGGGAGCGGAGGGCAUAGGGGGGAGCAGUGGUGUGCGUGGGUCAGGGGAUGAGGAGGAUGGGGGAGAAGGAGACGGUGGCAGGCAGGGGCCAUUGGGUGGUGGCGGUGAGGGCGGUGGGGAUGGGCAGGGCGGGCAGUGGAGGGAGCAUCUGAAGGGGCGUGAGUGGGAGAGGUAUGUGGAUGGCAUGGCUUGGAUCCUGGAGCAUGGAGGCGGGGAAGGGAGGGAGUUCCAGUGCAGCCACUGCAGUGGGGGGGGCAGCAGCAGCAAUGGUAAUAGUGGCAGUAGUUGCAGCAGCGGCUGCGGUGGUGGCAGCAGCAGUAGCAGCGGUGCUGGUGGUGAUGCUGGUGGCAGCAGUGCCAGCACCGAAGGCAGGGAUGUUCCCAGGGGCAUGUACCUGAGUGGCGUGGGAGGCACUGACUUCGCCCUGGCAGUGGCGUCCGUGCUGUCCAUGCCAGAGCACUAUGAGGACCAGUCAUUGCUGGUGGAUGGGAACAACGCUAGCAAGUCUAAAGUGGAAAACGCCGCUAUUUAUGAGGCCAGGAACAGGCUGAGAAGGGAGGUGGGUGAGAGGGGGAGAGUGUGUAAAAGCAGUGGUUCAGAUGCCCCCGGUGCAGCCGCCACUGCUGCUCCUGCGUCUUGCUCUUCUACACCCUCUGACUCCACUGGUGACUCUACUGCCGCCACUGCUGUCACCAGCUUGCCUUCUGUCACUGCAACAACGUAUGAGGCGUCUCAAAAGUUCACUGCAGCGGCUCAAUCCAGUGCCAUUCUCGCCCCUGGGCUCGUACCUGUGAACACCCACCCCGCUAUGGCCGUCCUAACUUAUCGAGUCGCUUGCAUGUUGCAGUGGGUCCGAGUCUACGGCUCGGAUUUCAUCUCAGAGAAGCGUUGCUUCAAAGGUAACCCUCGGGGCAAGGUCCUGCCCAUGCGUCACCCGCUUCGGGACCUUCCGAGCCUGCUGCUCAGCUUUGGCGCCAUCCCCAAGCCUCUCGAGGGAAGCGGCUUCUCCCUGGAGUGGGAUGAGUGGCCGCAUGGCGAUGAAGCUGCUGUGAAGUUUCCCGACGAUCCGAGUGCGCGUUGCUUUGGACUUGGCAUUGUGGGGGAGAGUGGGAUGGGAGAGGAGAGGGGCACUCAGAGUGGCUCAACAGAGGAGAGAGAGGUGACUGAAGAGAGUGGGGCAGCAGAGGAGGGUGAGCAGAGUUCAUCAGAGCCUGUGCAACGAGCAGUAGGGAAGGGCAAGGCUGGGAAGGGUAGAGGGAAGAGGGGGAAAGGAGGGAAGAGCAGUGGCGGCAAGAAGGUGGAAGAAGAGGCCGAAACAAUCACAAGGCGUGGGAUGAUGGGGCAAGGAGGUUCCAGGCAACCCCGCCUGCCCAUCAUUCGAUGCCGUGCCGAUGUGGAUUUUCUUCUGGCCCUGCUCGGGCCCUUGAUCAUGGUCCCCGACUGCUCGCACUGCAUCAAAUGCCUCGGCACCUUUAUCUACCACGUGCCGUGCUGCGCCCUCAUCGCCAACUUUGCCUAUCAACCCGUUGAGGCUCUUUUCGCCCGCUUCCUCGCCGCCUACCCCGCGCACUCCCCCCAGUUCGACCAGCUGUUCAAGGCGCUGCUGCUGCGCGCGCCUCUCACCGUGGCGGAGCAUAUCAGGUUGAUCAACGAGGCCAGCCCUGCCGGCGUGCGGCGGGGCAUGAGUGCGCUGCGCCAUCGGCCGGAGCGGAUGCGGGAGCUGCCUCAAGAUCCGGGCAUGAGGGAGCGUGUGAUGCUUCUCAAGGCGCGGCAGAUGCCGCUCUUCUUCCUGCUAGGCGUGGCUGUAUACUAUUCCAAGCCCAUCAUGGGUAUGUCUGAUGAAGAGGAGUUGGUAUUAGAUACCGGGGAUGGGAGGAAGCGGGGGAAUGGAGGCAGGGUAGGGGUUGUGGAUGGUGGGGAGGAGGGCGAGGAGGAAGAGGAGGACAACGGGGAGGUAUGGCUUGAGGUGAAAUCGUGGGGCUUUGACAUGCUGUCCGCCUGGCGGGCCAUGACCAAGGUCAUGGGGCCGGGACUGGAUGUGACGUGCGGGAAGAGCAGCAGCAGCGAUGUGCUGCCCAGGAAGGCAGGAGCGCCCAUGUCAAGGGAGUGGGGCGUUGACAUGUGGGCGCAGGCUGCUAAACCAAGGUUCCGUGAAGACAUGCCUGCGGGACAGGGUGGGUCUGGGAAUGAUGUUGGGGACAGCAGCAGGAGUGGCAGCAGCGGGAGCGGUGGUGGGAAGAGUGAGGGAGAGGAGGAAAAGGGGGAAGAGCCGGCUUAUCUGAAGCCCUGGCCCGGGGGGAUCAAUUUGGUGGCGUGUCUGCGAGAGAUGCUGCUGGGGGAAGUGUGCUACCGCCCUGCCCCCCCUUCCGCGUCUUCCUCCCAUCCUGCAGCACCAAACGCGUCUGUCUCUUCCGGUCCCGCAGCCUCUUCCGCCCCUGCUGCUCCAAGCACUGAUGCUGCAGCAAGCAAUGCGGCUGCAUCCGUUUCAGUUGCAAAUGGACCUGGUGCUGCUGCUCGUGGGGGGCGUGUGUGCGGUGCUGCAGGGUGUGGGAGGGUGGAAGGUGGUGAUGUGAAGCUGAGGAACUGCACUGGGUGUGGCAAGAUGGCGUAUUGCAACAGAGAGUGCCAGAAGGCGCACUGGCCCUCCCACAAGCUCACAUGCCCCGGCAGGACCAGCGGCAAUAAGAGUGGGACCAACAGUGGCAAGUGGUGUGUGAGUGGUGUUGUGAGUGGUGUUGUAAGUGGUGUUGUGAGUGGUGUUUUGAGUGGUGUUGUGAGUGGCAUUGUGAGUGGCAUUGUGAGUGGCAUUGUGAGUGGCAUUGUGAGUGGCAUUGUGAGUGGCAGUAACUCCAGCAAGGUGAGCGGCAAGGCAGGAGGGAGGAGAAGGCGAUGGACAGGAGGGAGGUGA